AUGUCUAUGCUUCCAAGCAGUGGCAUGCACCUUUCCCAGUGUGCUGAAAACAAUAACUUUGAGGGUGAAAGCUUCCACAAGUUUUUUGAGUGCUGGCUGGCUGAACAAAACCAACAUCUUGAAGACCUUAUAGCAGCUGAAUCAACUAACCAAACAGAAGAGCAAAUUCAGUCACUGAUUAAUAGGGUGGUUGAGCAUUAUGAGUAUUACUAUAAGACCAAGUCAAGAUGGACAAAUGAAGAUGUGUUGGCCAUGUUUUCCCCAACAUGGAGAAGCUCCUUGGAAGAGGCUUUUCUUUGGAUUGGUGGGUGGAGACCAAGUAUGGCAUUUCACUUGCUAUAUUCCAAGUCUGGUUUGCAAUUUGAGGCUAGGUUGAAUGAACUGAUUCAAGGGCUAAAAACAUGUGAUGACUUGGGAGAGAUCUCAGCAUUUCAACUUUCUCAGUUUGAUGAGUUGCAAAGGAGGACUAUUAGAGAGGAGAGGGAAAUCACAGAUAUGAUGGCAAAGCACCAGGAAACAGUUGCUGAUGCUUCAAUGGUUGAGUUAUCUCAUGUGGCUUCUGAGAUGAUUAGAGGCAAUGAAACAGGAGAUAAUGAGAAUAGAGAAUUAGAGGACAAAGUUGAAUCAACUCUGGUACCAAAGGAAGAAGGUCUUGAGAAGAUCCUGAUGAAAGGUGAUGAUCUAAGGCUGAGAACACUGCAUGACAUUGUUAAUAUUCUGACUCCAAAACAGGCCAUACAUUUCUUAAUUGCUGCUGCAGAGUUGCACCUGAGGCUACAUGAGUGGGGCAAGAAGAAAGAUGCCAGAAAGGGAAAUCAAGGUAUUGGUGAGGGUAAAAGCCAUAAUCCAUCAAGUUGA